AGGCUUCAUGAGUCUUCAACUCACCGAAUAAUAGAAUGACGUAGGGCAUUACGUUUCGGAUGUAAUUUUUGUAGUCUUGCAGAAUGUAUAGUAGCCCUAUAAAUAGAACAGACCACAGGAGGUUCUGAAUCGAAGCUAACAAAACAUUUUCAAAAAUAUUUUGUAUUAACAACAAAACAACAUUUAUUAAUCAUAAACAUGCAAGGUCAAGAGGGACAAGUUUUUGCUUGCCACAGCGUCGAGCAGUGGAAUGAGCAGUUAGUUAAGGCCCAAGAAUCCAAGAAGCUGGUUGUGGUGGAUUUCACAGCUACAUGGUGCCCCCCUUGCCGUUUCAUUGCCCCGAUUUUCGAGGAAUUUGCCAAGAAGAUGAUUCAUGUUAUCUUUCUUAAGGUGGAUGUUGAUGAACUUCAGUCUAUUUCCGAAGAGUAUGAAGUGGAGGCAAUGCCAACCUUUGUGUUCAUCAAAGAAGGGGUGGUUGUCGACAGGGUUCUGGGUGCUAGGAAGGAUGACUUGCACAGCACCAUCGUUAAGCAUUCUGCUGUUACAACUGCAACUGCCUGAACUCGCGUCUUUCUGGAGAUGUAAACUUGUGCUUCUAAUUAUAUCUAUCCUGUUCAUCAUAAUGUAGCCAUGGAUUACACUAGUUUCCUGGCAUGGAGUGUUGUGUGUCUGUGUGAACCUUGUAAUAUUAUUGCUUCUUAACAAAGAAUUAUGCAGCAAGUGUUCGAUUAAUAAACUUAUAUUUUAUCUUAAAGAAUAACUGUUGGUUUUC